UUUGUUUUAUCCUUUCCCCAGCAGCCCCUCUGCGCUCACCUCCUGGCUGUCAGUUUUCGGGUAACGCCGUUACUGGCAGACGGGCCUGGUGGGGAGUGGGACGCAGACUGCGUGGCACUGGGGCCAAGGGGUUUUGCCCGUGUCUGGAUCCUACUGCAGUCCCCAGCGUGGGCUCUGGCUAUCCGUGCAGCCCACAAUGUUGAGCCGGGCGGCUUGUGUUGCAGGUGGCGUUCGAGGACGUGGCGGUCUAUUUCUCCCCGGAGGAGUGGGCGGCGUUAGCGGAAUGGCAGCGGGAGCUGUACCGGGCCGUGAUGAGGGAGAACUACGAGCUGGUCACCUCGCUGGGGUGGCCUGCUGUCAAACCAGAGAUCCUAUGUAAAAUUGAGCAAGAAGAAGAGCCAUGUGUUGGAGACCCUCCACAUCCCAGAGAGUGGGGGACCCCCCAAAGCUUCUGGUCAGGUCGCCGUCGUGGGAGCCAGACCUGUUUAGUAGAUGAUGGAAUCAGGAUUAAAAAGGAGGAGCAGGAGGAAGACACAGAGACCCCGGAACCGCCCAGUGCAUUCUCGGGAAAGUUGGAGGAAGGGAGCAGCCCGCCGCAGUGUGUGAAGAAGAAGAGGGGCCUGGCUCGAAGCAAAUCCCGCCAGAAGCUGCGAAGCCGGGUGGCGAAUGCUCAGGACAAAGCCCCGAGGGCUCCUCCCCAAAAAGCCUCGCUAAAGAAGAUUCCCCCGACGUGUCCGGAGUGCGACAAAAGCUUCAAGAGUAACACAGCCCUGACCAUCCACGAAAGGAGUCACACGGGGGAGCGGCCCUUCAAAUGCCCUGAGUGCGGGAAGGGUUUCCCAUCCAAGGGGGACCUGAAGAGACAUCAGAAAACCCACAUGGGAAAGGAGGAUGCUGCCCCCGAGAGAGGGAGGAGCCUUUCCGAGAAGCUGCAGAGAAGCCCUCAGGCACCCAAGCGGCCGUACACGUGCGCUCAGUGCGGGAAGAGCUUCAACAAGAGCAGAGACCUCAAAAAGCACCAGCGCACCCACACGGCGGAGAGGCCGUUCCGGUGCCUGCAGUGCGGGAGCAGCUUCCGGCUCAAGCAGAUCCUCGUGUCCCACCAGAAAGUGCACAGGGGAGUGAAGCCGUUCCAGUGCUCGGACUGCGGGAAGAACUUCAGCCAGAAGCACCAUCUCUUGAGCCACCAGCGCACCCACACCGGGGAGAAGCCCUUCUCCUGCGCUCAGUGCGGACACAGGUUCAGCCAGAAGCACCAUCUGAUCAGCCACCAGCGCAUCCACACGGGGGAGCGGCCCUUUGCCUGCCCCGAGUGCGGGAAGAGCUUCAAGGACAAGAAAACCCUCAUCAUCCAUGAGCGGAUCCACACGGGCGAGAGGCCCUACAAGUGCAACGAGUGCGGGAAGACCUGCAGCCAGAAGCAGCACUUGAAAAGCCACCAGAGGGUGCACAGGGGCAAGAGGCCACGUGGCAAAGGGGAGGAAGGCCUGGAGGAUGAUGUGGGUUUCUGCCGCCAGAAGGUCCCGGCAGAGGAGAAGCCGUAUCAGUGUGCGGAAUGCGAGAAACGGUUCCGGGACGAGCGGAUAAUGCUGGCACACCAGAGAACUCACACUGAGCAGGCGCUGCUGAAGAGCACGAGGACAGGUGCCAGUCGGAGCCCACAGCCCAUGGCCCAGCAAACGCCCUUCACCAGCACCCCGCAGUGCAGGGCAAACGUUAGCCAGAAGCCACCUCUGAGAGCCCAACAGGGAACCCCGGCUGGCAAGAGACCUUUGGUGUGCAAUGAGUGUGGGAAGAGGUUCAUGCAGAGCAAACGCCUUGUGCUACAUCAGAGGAGCCACACGUCUCCUUUCGGGGGCAGCCCCCCCGGGCCGUGUGGAAGCCAGGGGCGGGUAGGAGAUGGGGUGUGGGCGCCUUUCCCGCUGCAGCCCGGUUCCCGGGCAGGAGCCCGCGGUGCGGGUUGCGGAGGGCCCCGGGGUGGGAGUGGGACAGGGACAGGGACGCGCCCCGCCAGCCCGUGUGCGGGGAGCGGGGCGCUGCUAGGACCCGGCCGGGAGGCUCCGGGGCCAGGCGAGGGGGAGGCGGCCCGGCGCUACGGGCUGCCGGGAGCUGUAGUUUUCUCUCCCUCCCGCAGCAGGGGGAUGCCGGGUCCCCCCGCGCGGCUCCCCGGGAGAGCCGGAGACCUCCGCGCCCGAGCUCCGGGGGCUCCCCGAGCCCAGCUCUGCGCCCCGCUGCCCGCCCGCCCCGCGCAGCGCAUCCCGCCGGCGGCUGCCCGCAGCUCGGCGAGCUUCGUCCCGACGCGCCUGCCCGGCCGAGCCCGGGGGACGAUGCCCGGCGGGGGCCGGGCGCAGGUGCCGGUGUCGUUCGAGGACGUGGCGGUCUAUUUCUCCCCGGAGGAGUGGGCGGAGUUAGCAGAAUGGCAGCGGGAGCUGUACCGGGACGUGAUGAAGGAGAAUUACGAGCUCAUCACCUCCUUAGGGUGUCCGGGUGCCAAACCAGAGAUCAUCUGUCAGAUGGAGUGUGGGGAAGAGCCGUGUGUGCGGGAGCCCCAGGGCUGGAGAGAGAGGAGAUCCCAGAGCCCCUGCUCAGCAGGUGUUGGCAUCACCAUUAAAAAGGAGGAGCAGGAAGAGGGAUGUCGUGGUCAGGAAGAUCCCGAAGCCCUGGCCCCGCGGGGGACCGUAUCCGGGGUAGUGGGGGAGAAAGGUCUCCAGCUCUUGGAACUAACGAGCUGCAAGAGCGAAAGCGGGUCCCGCCGGAAGCUGAGAGCCCAGGCCGGAGACCCUCAGGGGAGACGAACCGGGAGGGUGGCAGAGAGGCCUCAUGCGUGCCCGAGCUGUGAGAAGAGCUUCAAGGACAGGACGGCUCUGAUAAUCCACCAGCGGAUCCAUACGGGCGAGAAGCCCUUCGCCUGCGCCGAGUGCGGGAAGCGCUUCACGCAGAAGCAGCACCUCACCACCCACCAGCGCACCCACACCGGGGAGCGCCCCUUCUCCUGUGCCCAGUGCGGCAGCAGCUUCCGGCUGAGAAAGGUCUUCCUGACCCACCAGCGGGUCCACGCCGGGGAGCUGCCCUUCACCUGCGCCGAGUGCGGGAAGAUCUUCAACCACAAGCACCACCUGAUCACCCACCGCCGCACCCACACGGGCGAGCGCCCCUUCCCCUGCGCCCAGUGCGGCAAGCGCUUCACCCAGAAGCACCAUCUGCUGAGCCACCAGCGCAGCCACACGGGCACGCGGCCCUUCUCCUGCGCCCAGUGCGGGAAGAGCUUCAAGGACAAGACGCCGCUGAGCAUCCACCAGCUCGUGCACACCGGGGAGAAGCCGUUCUCCUGCGAGGCUUGCGGGAAGAUCUUCAGCCACAAGCACCACCUGGUGAUCCACCGGAGAACCCACACGGGCGAGAAGCCCUUCACCUGCGCCGAGUGCAGCAAGCGCUUCACGCAGAAGCACCAUCUCGUCAGCCACCAGCGCAUCCACACCGGGGAGCGCCCCUUCGCCUGCUCCCACUGCGGGAGGAGCUUCAAGGACAAGAUCACCCUGAAGCUGCACGUCAGGCUGCACACCGGGGAACGGCCCUUCGCCUGCGCCGAGUGCGGGGAGAGCUUCCGCCUGAAGAAGGUGCUGCUCACCCACCAGCGGGUGCACACGGGGCAGGCCCCACUGAUCUGCACCGACUGCGGGAAGACCUUCAAUCACAUGCAGCGCAUGGCCAUGCACCAGACGAGCCACCACGCCCAGCGGGGGCCGUUCCGGAGAGCUCAGCGCGGGGAGAGCUGCUCGGGGAAACCACAGCUCCGACUGCCCCAGCCGGGCCAGCCCGCCGGCUGCUCGGCGCACACAGCGACCUUCCAGCCACCAGCACCCGGGGGCUCCCCCUACGCAACAGGCGGAGUAAGUCCUGGGCCUCAAUUAUACACGGAGCCGGCCCCGCGGGAUCGCCCCGAAGAAACCAUCUGACUGCGGGGAGCAGGGAAAGCGUCACUCACGAGCGCAGUCCGAACCCCCCCAGUCCUGUGCGAUGGGAGUCAUUAAUCUGCAGCACGGCGCCGGCGUGAGACAGAAACCGAAGACAGCCCGGCUGUCCCUGCAUAGCCUGGGUCAGUUCCCCUGUAAAACGGUCCGUGCUCGUCAGCGGGAGAGACGCUGCGGAGACGGGAAAUAACCCCGCUGUGACAGCCUGACCCUGCGCUGCCCUGUGUGCCUCCUGCUGCUGCAUUGGCCACACCAUUUCAGUGUCCCGGCGGGCUGGCCCAGCGCCACCUGCGCCCCACCUCCCCGCCACGCGCUGGGGAUGUCUGCGCCCCGGCUGCUUUACCCGCUGGCUUGUGUCCAGGUCACGCACGUAACAAUAGUAGUGCAGACAGCGCCGCGCAUGCGUCAGAGCAGGCUGAGAACGUCCCCAGGGGCUGGGCUGGGCUGGGCUGGGCGUGUCCUGCCCGCACGCAAGCCCCUGCGUCCCUGCGCUCAGCGCUAUCGUUCCCCAGGCUAGCUGGCCAGGCCCAGCUUGUGCUGUGUAGACAGACCCGCAGCCUGCUAGCAGGGGGUGCAGGGAAGCAGUGCUGGAGAUCCUCGAGAUCCCUUUGUCUGGGCUGCAGGGCGGGUCCCAGCAGCUGCUCUGUCACGUGCUUAGCGCUGCGUGUACCUGCAUCAGGCAGCCAAGGAGCGUCCACCUGCCCUGCCUGAGCCCCAGAAGAGCGAGAAGGAAAAUAUUUAGCACUUACACAGCAGAUUCGCAGCCCGCUGCCCACUCAGAGACACACGGAGGGCUGUGGGAAGUGGGAGUCUCUGGUGUAGGACACGUGCGGACGGAGGAGUCACAGCGUUGCAGAACUAGAGAGG